AUGUCGGCAUCAGCAAGAAGCCAGCCAUGCCUGAAACAUUCCAAAGAGCAACCUCUUCUUGGCCUUCGGCUCCUGCCUAAUUCUGACGGGCGUAAAAGUCCAAAUAAAGCCCUGUGCGUGGCAUUUGAAGUACGCAUGCGAAUCCUACUGUCCGAUUCUAUGGACGACGUCCUGUCUUUCAAAAGCCGGGACAAAAAGAGGUUACGUAUCCUUACUGCUACGGACCAAAAACACUCGAAGUUAGCGGUGUACCGUUUGAGAUGCAAGGAAAUACUCUUGGUCAUCGAAGAUCUUGCUGAACGAGUAUACAUCGAAAAUCUGGCUAUGAUCAACCUAGGCUUCCGGCUACUACCUGCGAAGCAGAAGCGCCAAUCACUCCAUAUGUUGAGUGUGAGACUACACUUUAAGUUAUUACGAAAUCUUGGAUUCAAUGGGGUCCUUGGAAGACAGAGCUUUAAUUUAGUUUGUACUGCAGAGAUAGGAGAGAUGCCGGCGGGGAUAGCAGAUGAAAUUCGAGCGAAGAUCAAGGAAAAGCGAGAGGCGUUUCACUGCGAUUCCGAUCUCGACUGCUUAUAUCGUGUUUUUCGGCUCAUCAUGAUAUAUGACUCUGAAGCUGUCGCUCUUGUCUUCUUAUCUCACAUCAUUGCCUGCCGGAGUUCCACGAAGGUCUCUCGCCUUUCCUGUGAGUCACAGUGGCUUUAUGUGCCUGACACCACAACGGUCCUGUUGGUCCGAAUCUUGGCGCGACAGCCGCGCAAGCGUGCGCCGCUAUCCUUCCGUCCUUUGAGGCUUUCCAACCUUUCAAGACCGCAUCAAUCCUUGUCUCCGUCCUCGAUAAAUACUCACACUCCAGAACAAGCAGCGCUACAACCCAAAGCCCGGAGAGGAUCGAGUCACAUACCACACAUGAAGAUCGUCCACCCUGACCACCAGCGCCUUGUGCGCGAGCGCGAUCAGGCACUCAAUCAGUACUUAGAACGCUUGGAGGUCGACUUAGAUUUCAUGUGCAUCGACUUUCGGCUCUGUCGUUUAUUGAUAGAAAAGUAUGAAUACUGUGAAAUUCUCGAAGAAAUUAAGUCUUGCCGGGAAUCCGCCUUGAUACGGAGGGCUGAGAUGAUAGCUGCUAAUAAUUUCAUUGCUCGUGGCUUCAAGAAGUUCCGACAUCUUCCACCAGAGCUGCGAUCUUGUGUGUGGAGUUUGGCAUCUCUUGACCAUGCCCAAAGCCGAGUCCACAUCAUUUUCCUGGAUACGCAACGGUCGAAAUACGUAUCCAACCAACAUCGUUCGGCGCUCCUCAGAACCUGCUUCGAAUCCAGAGCGGAGUACCUCAGAUCUACGAAGACCACCUUUGCCUUCGAAAACCACAUCAAUUUCGAAAUUGAUACUGUGCUGGUGUGGGAAACCUUCGCUACAUACAAUGCAGACCAGAAUAUCCCCGAUGACUUCUUAACGACCUGGUUUUCAAAUUUCCUCAAAUUCCAAGCCACAUCACAAAUCAAACAUCUGGCGCUCGGCGAAGAUAUUUUCCUUGCCCUCGAUCCAGAGGUAGUCAACAGCCUGAGAAUUGUCAUGCCACAGUGCAGAGAAGUCACUGUUUUGGUGGAUGGCACACGAUCAACGCUGGAAAUCGCUGACCUCAAGCUGACACACUUGUCGGCGAGGCAACAGAGGAAGCUGCUUGCUGUGGUGGAAGUCAGGCACUGGGCCAAGGCUUGUAAUCUGUUUGGGCUUAAAAAAGGGAAUGGGCGGGAGGACGAUUUCCUGAAGAUAAGAUAUGCCAUUGCUGAGCCGCUAGAGGAGACCUCCAAAGAGCUUGACGAACAAUCAAGUUGUUCUGACGAAGGAGAUACCUAG